GGGCCUGGACCACUGGGAUCUGCUGACCCCGCGGCCCCGGGAGGCCCCACCCUCUCCAGGCAGGGGAGGGAGGGCACAGAUUGGCCCAGGAACUAGUCUGGCCGCUCCCGCCUUCUGUCUACAGCCAGCGCUUCCGCCAGCUCCAGCCUCCCCGCAGCCGCUGCUCUGACCCAGGGGUCCCGGACUCGGCCCUGCCAACCAUGGGGUCAGCAUUGCUCUAGCACUUGGAUAGAAGACAAGAACUCCCAAGGACGGUGCGAUAGCCCUUGAUUCCCAGAGCAGAGGCUUUGAGAGAGGAGAGGACUUGCUCAGAGUCCUGGGCGUGGCAGUGAACUCAGAGCCUUUGGCAGAGAAGUGACAGAGGAAAGGGGACAUCCUGGAGGGCUUUAACCUGUUGAUGGCCAUGGCUGCUGACUACUGCGUGGCGUGCAUGGUGGACUUUGGGCUUUGCCUCUAUGUUCUCUAGUCGCACAUCCCGGAAGUCCAUCUCACAUCCAGAGCACGGAGACGCCAUGGCAGAGGGUGAGGAGUACCGGAACCCCACGGAGGUGCAGAUGAGCCAGGUGGUGCUGCCCUGCCACACUAACCACCGUGGGGAACUGAGCAUCGGACAGUUGCUCAAAUGGAUCGACACCACAGCCUGCCUGUCAGCGGAGAGACACGCUGGCUGCCCCUGUGUCACAGCUUCCAUGGAUGACAUCUACUUUGACCACACCAUCAGUGUCGGUCAAGUGGUGAAUAUCAAGGCCAAGGUGAACCGGGCCUUCAACUCCAGUAUGGAGGUGGGCAUCCAGGUGGUCUCCGAGGACCUGUGUUCUGAGAAGCAGUGGAGUGUGUGCAAGGCCUUGGCCACCUUUGUGGCCCACCGGGAGCUCUCCAAGGUGAAGCUGAAGCAGGUCAUACCAUUGACAGAGGAGGAGAAGACGGAGCACGGGGUGGCCGCUGAGCGCCGGCGUAUGCGGCUAGUCUAUGCAGACACCAUCAAGGACCUCCUGACCCACUGUGCCAUCCAGGAAGAUCUGGACAAGGACAGCAGCAAUAUGGUGCCAGCAGAGAAGACCCGAGUGGAGAGCGUGGAACUGGUGUUGCCUCCUCAUGCCAAUCACCAGGGCAAUACCUUUGGGGGCCAGAUCAUGGCCUGGAUGGAGAAUGUGGCCACCAUUGCAGCCAGCCGGCUCUGUCAUGCCCACCCUACACUCAAGGCCAUCGAGAUGUUCCAUUUCAGAGGCCCAUCACAGGUGGGGGACCGUCUGGUGCUCAAGGCCAUAGUGAAUAACGCCUUCAAGCAUAGCAUGGAGGUGGGCGUCUGUGUGGAAGCUUAUCGCCAGGAGGCCGAGACCCAGCGACGGCACAUCAACAGCGCUUUCAUGACCUUUGUGGUCCUGGACAAAGAUGACCAGCCUCAGAAGCUCCCCUGGAUUCGUCCCCAGCCUGGGGAGGGUGAACGGCGAUACCGAGAGGCCAGUGCCAGGAAGAAAAUCCGCCUGGACAGGAAGUACCUCGUGUCCUGUAGGCAGGCAGAAAUGGCCCUGUCUGUCCCCUGGGACCCCAGCAAUCAGGUAUACCUGAGCUAUUACAACGUAUCCUCUCUGAAGACGCUUAUGGCCAAGGACAACUGGGUGCUGUCGGUGGAGAUCGAUGAGGUCCGCCUGUACACCCUGGAGGAGGAGUUCCUGUCCUUUCACUUGGAGAUGGUGGUGCACGUGGAUGCUGCCCAGGUCUUUACACUGCUCUCCGACCUGCUCCGGAGGCCAGAGUGGGACAAGCAUUAUCGGAGUGUGGAGCUGGUACAGCAGGUAGAUGAAGAUGAUGCCAUCUACCACGUCAUCAGCCCUGCCUUGAGUGGUAAUAGCAAGCCCAAAGAUUUUGUGAUCCUGGCCUCUAGACGGAAGCCUUGUGACAAUGGGGACCCCUAUGUCAUUGCACUGAGGUCAGUCACACUGCCCACGCACCCUGAGACACCAGAAUAUCAACGCGGGGAGACUCUCUGCUCAGGCUUCUGUCUGUGGCGUGAGGGGGACCAGCUGACUAAGGUUUCUUACUACAACCAGGCCACCCCGGGUUUUCUCAACUAUGUGACCACCAACGUGGCAGGCCUGUCCACGGAAUUCUACAAUACGUUCAAGGCUUGUGAGAGUUUCCUGUUGGAUAACCGGAAUGACCUGGCCCCCAGCCUGCAGACCCUCUAGGGGCCACACCACCCUGCCCCAGGUCCUACACAGUGCGUGGAGCAAAGCAUUUAUUCACCCGGACUCCCCAGGGAAGCCUUCCACAUUAGAUGGUUCAGUCCUACUAGGCGGUCAGGUCCUGCUCACAUCUGUCAGCAAGUCUUCUCGGUACUCCUGGGGUAUGCUAUAAUAGACUCGGGUCCUGUCCAUAGCCCUGGCCAACCACAAGCCAGCCCAUACAUCUGCACUGCUGUUCCCAGCAAUGCUGUGGUGCACCGUGACAGUGGAUCGAGGGGAGGCUGCCAGCAGCCUGGCCACAGCUUUGGCUGUGCUCCGACCCAGGGGCCCAGCCUGCAGCUGGAAGGACACCGGUUGCCAGAGCCCCUGACACAACUCCAGCAUAUCUGUGACCAUCUGCUCCUGAUAGCCACUGCCCAACACCUCUUCAGGCCAGCCUGGUGCCACGGUCACAUGGGGGAAAACCUCAGCCACAGCUGUAAGCAGCUCUCUGCCGGCCACAUGGCCAGGGACCACAAAAUUACCAUGUGAGAUUGUGGCCCCCACCCACACAGGCCAGGACAGAUGGCCGAGGGUGGAGAGGUGUGCCAGCGUGGCCAGGGAUGGCCGGAGAGCUGCGGGUUCCACUAUGUUCACAUGGAUGCCCCAGCGCCUGGGGUGAGCAGCCAGCUGCAGCAGACAUGACUCCAGGGUCAUAACAGGACCACCCGAGGCAAGCAGGACGGGCACAGGGUUCCCAGCUUCAGGUUGCUGGAGGCCGACAUCCAGAAGAAUCAUGCCUUCGCUGUCUGGAAGAGGCAACAGUGUUUGGAGUACCUGUUAUUAUGGGAUGUCAGUGUCUCUUGACAAAGGGGCAGUGGAGGUCACGGGGACAGACGAGGAGAAACUGGUACCAGCCAUUCUCGAAUCUGCCAGCCCCGUCUCAGGCUCCAAAUGCUGUGACUGGUGACUCUCAGGCAGACAUGACAAAUUGCUGGCUCAUUUCUUGGCCUUCCUAGUGACUCAGAGCUGGGUCACCACCCCCUCUUCUAGUCACAGUGUGGCUGAGGACUCGAGGCUGCUGGUCUAAGGCCAGGAGUCCCUGCUCUUGACAUGAUUCCUCCCACUUUGUAUUCAGCGUGUGGCUUAUCAUGUUGCCAUGGUAACAGAACCAAGUUACCCACCCAAGCAAAUGACAGACCUGUGGGUUAGCCAGGAGCUUUAGGGCUGCAGGCAGACUCACCAGGGACAGUAAUGGCUGCUGUUCUCCCACUGCCAUUCACUUCUGGAACCAGCCACUCCACCUCUAGGCCAUCACCCCUGGGCUGCUGAAGAAGAGGGAUCAGGCUGCCACCUGUGUAGUAGGUUCGCGUCCGGGUGCUGUUCACUGUGGGACCCAAAAUUGCCAAGGUGAAAGGACUACUAUCCAUGGUUACGUCUUGGCUCUCCUGCAUCCUAAACCUUGUAGCUGUCAGUAGUUCCCUCUUGGGUAGAUUAAAAGUUGUGGUCUCAAGGCCUGGCAA